AUGCCAGUCAACGAUGCGAAAUAUAUCAAGGAAGUGUGGGCAGAGAACUUGGAAGAAGAGAUGGCGUACCUUCGUGACUUGGUGGAAGAAUACCCUUAUUUAGCCAUGGAUACCGAGUUUCCUGGUGUUGUUGCCAGACCCAUCGGGACUUUCAAAACGUCGUCCGAUUAUCAUUACCAAACACUGCGAUGUAAUGUGGAUUUAUUAAAGAUUAUUCAGUUGGGAGUUACGUUUGCUGAUCAGUAUGGUAACUUACCCAGUAACAUUUGUACUUGGCAAUUCAACUUUAAAUUCAACUUGUCCGAUGACAUGUAUGCUCAAGAUUCCAUUGAAUUAUUAACAAAGUCCGGCAUUGAUUUUAAAAAGCAUGAGGAAUACGGUAUUGAUGUGGAACAUUUUGGCGAACUCUUGAUUAGUUCUGGAUUUGUCUUGUUGGAUGAUGUCAAGUGGAUUUCGUUUCACAGUGGGUAUGAUUUCGGAUACUUGUUAAAAGUGCUUACGUGCUCCGUUAUGCCAGCCGAUGAAUCAGAAUUUUUCGAGCUUUUAAGAACGUAUUUUCCUUGUAUAUAUGAUAUUAAAUAUUUAAUGAAGAGUUGCAAAAAUCUAAAAGGUGGAUUACAAGACAUUGCUGAUGAUUUACAGGUGGCAAGGAUUGGACCUCAACAUCAGGCAGGAAGUGAUAGUUUAUUAACUUGUACAACCUUCUUUAAAAUGAGACAAAUGUUUUUCGAAGAUAGAAUUGACGAUCAAAAAUACCUGUAA